CACACAGGCAGCUGUAUGAUUAUUAACGCGCAGUUAUCAGCGAUUACAUUGAGAAUGAAACGAGUGUUGGGAAUGACCCAAUUUCUGUGCUUGGCCGCAAUUGUUUUGCUCGGCCUCACACAGCUGGCUGAGGCGGUGACCACGGCCAAGCCCAAGCCGCUGGCACAGGCCCAGCCACAGGCGGUUGGCCCCAGCAGCACCACCACAGCCAGGCCAAAGCCAACGCAGCCACAACGCCAGCAAGAUGCGAAAUGCCUGCAGCCUCUGGAAACGGGUCCUUGUCGCAUGAGCCUGGAGCGCUAUUACUACAAUAAGGAGAAGAACAGCUGUGAGACAUUCAAGUACGGCGGCUGCAGGGGCAACGACAAUCGCUGGGGCUUCCGACAGACCUGCGAGGAGGCGUGCCUGGUCAAGAAGUGACUCAAGUUCUAUGAAUCAACAAUAAUGCCACGGUCUAUGUAUACCAAAUAAAAGAUCCAUCUAACGUUUGUUUA